AUGAAGGUUCUGAUGCGUGUCCGUCUGCAGUGCCAACCACUGCCAGAAAGUCUGUUUAAACGUAUAAUUCUGGAUAACUAUUACAAUCAGAACCAUUUCUUAUUUGAGCUAGAUCAUGUUCAAGCUGGUAAAUUGAUCUCCAAGCUCUCAUCUCUUGCAUUUGCUCCAAGCAGCUGCAUGCCGGAGGAUGCAGCUACAUGGAGAAAUAUAAUACAAGGUUUACCGGCCGAUGCAAGAGAAGAGAUUAAGCAGUUAAAAUAUAGAUAUAUGAUGCCUGAGUCCUCAAUUCCGUCAUGUCAAUUGGCUGAUGAAACAGUGUUUGAGCCAGUUGAUCAAGUACUGCUGGAUCCUGAGUCAAUCUUCCUAGCUGGAGGAUAUGACGGGGUAUCAUGGUUAUCUACCUUGGAGUCAUACUCACCUUCAAAUGAUGUGUUAAAGUCUCUUAAGCCAAUGAGUUCAGUUCGAUCAUAUGCCUCAGUUGCAAAACUGUGUGGAAAGCUUUAUGUAUUUGGUGGCGGAACUGGAAGCUUGUGGUACGACACAGUUGAAUCAUAUAAUCCAGCAGAUAACGAGUGGACCCUACAUCCUUCCUUGAAUAAGAAAAAGGGUAGUUUAGCUGGUGCUACUUUGAAGGACAAAAUUUUUGCAAUUGGCGGUAGCAAUGGGAUUGACUGCUUUUCAGAGGUUGAGAUGUAUGAUCCUCUAGUAGAGCGUUGGAUUUCUACAAGAUCCAUGUUGCAGAAGCGAUUUUCUCUUGCUGCAGCAGAACUCAAUGGUGUGUUAUAUGCGGUUGGUGGAUAUGAUGGAAGCAAUUACCUGGCGACUGCUGAAAGAUUUGAUCCCAGAGAACAUUCCUGGACAAAAAUUAAGAGUAUGUGUACGAGCAGAGGAUGCCAUGCAUUGGCUGUGUUGGACGGGAAGUUAUACGCACUUGGUGGGUACGAUGGGUCUACAAUGGUGCCUAACACUGAGAUAUAUGAUCCCCGUCUUGAAACAUGGAUGGUUGGAGAGCCAAUGAAGCACCUGAUAGGGUAUUCAGCAGCUAUUGUUCUAAAGGAGUCUAUUUAUGUGAUUGGAGGGGUUCAACCUGGUGAGGAAGUUGUAGACGUGAUCGAAUGUUAUAAGGAGGGUCAAGGUUGGCAAACACCCAACUUGAGGGGAAUAGGAAAAAGGUGUUUCUGCUCAGCUAUAGUUUUAUCAGAAGACUGAGUUCUGUUUUCGAAGUACAGAAGCUGCAUCUUCGUUGGCAUCCUUUGUUCAAUAUUUGCCAUUUUACAAUUCUGAAUAGGGUUACUAUAUGUUUUUGGAAGCCUAGAAGCACUUCCUGAACGUUGGAAAGUAGCAAAGUGGUGUCUGUUGGAUCGACACCAGAAUUGGCGAUCCCUGUAGAACACUGAUAGUACAGUUAAGUAGCGUCGCGAGCCAUCUUUUGCACAAAUUCUCUUGGGAAAAUCUCUAGUUCCUUUCACAACAUUAUGCUCUUGCCAAGGGAAAACCAUUAGUUUUUGGAGGGUUGAUAUUCAAUGUUGUGUCUUCUGGGAUGUUUACACAAAUAGUCAAUCAGAUUCACUAGCUAUU